GAAUUUCGAGUGUUUAUUACACAACAUGGAGAUACGGAACGAAGUCAAGCCGCCUAAGGAUAAAGAGGUCGAAAAGAAAAAGUUUGUCGUGCGAAAUGCUGCAGAUAUACAGCGAGCGAAACUGGAGAAGCUUAUGAAGAAUCCUGAUAAACCAGUCGUCAUACCGGCACCCAGCAGAAAUCGCGACUUUUCUAAUGCAAUUCCAACGUUCGUACGAAAUGUGAUGGGUUCCAGUGCCGGCGCAGGCUCGGGAGAAUUCCACGUGUAUCGUCACCUCCGACGGAAAGAAUACGCCCGUCAGAAACAAAUCCAGGAGAAGAGUCACGCCGAGCAUUUGGACGAAGCGUUUCAGGAUAAAUUGGAGCAAAAUCGACAAACUGCCGAGGAGCGCACGGCGAAAAAACGAGCCAAGCGUCAGAAGAAGAAAGCCAAGCAGAAGGCAAACCAAGGAAAAAAGCCAAAGUUGAACAAAGGCGAGAGUGAUGGACCUUCUUCUUCCUCCGAUGGAAGUGAUGAAGAGGGUAACACAGAGUCUCAGGGAGAAAAAGUUACCGAUCCGGAUAAGACCACUGAAGAACUAACUUCAAAUGCGAAUACUGAGAAAGUUAUCGAAAAGCCAUCGUCUCCUGUCGAUAAUUCCAAUCCUUUGGCUCAGAAAGAGGCUAAAAUUGAAAGAGAAACUGAAGAGAUCAAAAACCAACAGACUGAGGAUAAGAAUGAAGAAUCAAAAAACACAGAACAGUAG